AUGGAGAAGAGCAGGGUAUUGAUAAUCGGAGUGACAGGAAAUCUUGGUCACCAUUUGGCCAAAGCCACCCUCCAAUUUUCUCAUCCCGCAUUUGCUCUCGUCAGGCCUUCUUCCUUCUCCGACCCUCACAAGUCCCACAAGCUUCACUCUCUCUCCAAUGCAGGCGUCACACUCCUCCAAGGUUCACUUGAAGACGAAGAAAGCCUUAUGGCAGCAGUGAAGCAUGUGGAUGUGGUGAUUUGUGCUGUUUCGUCCAAACAAGUCCUCCUUCAGAAGCUCCUUGUCCAAGUGAUCAAAAAAUCUGGCUGCAUCAAGAGGUUUAUUCCUUCGGAAUUUGGGUUGGACCCAGAUAAGACUAGAAUAUCAGACAUGGACUACAACUUUUAUAAGCAGAAAGCUGAGAUUAGGCGUUUUGUGGAAGCUUAUGGUAUUCCCUACACUUACAUUUCCUGCAAUUUCUACAUGAGUUAUUUGCUUCCUCAUCUUGUUCAGCCAGGCUUGAAGGUCCCUCCAAGGGACAAGGUUACAAUUUUUGGCGACGGGAAUACUAAAGGUGUUUUUUUGAAGGAAAGUGAUGUUGCUGAGUUCACUAUCAGGACAUUGGAUGAUCCGCAAACGUUGAAUAAGGUGUUGUAUUUGAGGCCACCCGGAAAUGUGUACUCAAUUAAUGAACUUGUUGAGCUUUGGGAGAGUAAGAUUGGGAAGAAGCUGGAGAAGGUAUUUGUAUCAGAACAAGAGCUUCUUAAGAAAAUUAAAGUCAUCGUUUGGGAGCUCAAGGCUCUAGAAACCCUAGCAGCACAAGGUCCUAAGCUUAGCAACACUGCUGGCUUACAUGGCCAGCAAAGUUCUCGAUGGCCUGCUGACAUGGCCGCCAUCCUGUCUGCUGAUGUGGCAGUCAUUUUGUUCUCUUUGAUUUUUAGGUCGUCUCUCUUGUUGUGA